UGCUACUUGUUACCUUACGGUCAGACUGUCGCAAAAUCAAUUUCUCUUUUUUUUUAUUCUAUUAUUACAAUAUAACUUCGAUUGUUGGUAUGAGCCAUAAUUUUUAGUAGUAACUAAAUUUUUAAUACGAAGAACAGACAUCCCAGAGUGAAAUUUCAAGUUUUGGAUAUUCGCUAGUGGCGAUUCGUACUAACUAAAAAGCGCGCGGCGGAAGCUCCAUCUUUUACAAGUUUCCUGUUUAGAACAAGCCGUUCCAGGACUUUCACACAAUGGCACCGAAGAGGGGUAAGGUUCAAAAAGAGGAGGUGCAGGUUUCCCUCGGACCUCAGGUCCGUGAAGGAGAAAAUGUUUUCGGAGUCGCUCACAUUUUCGCCAGCUUCAACGACACAUUCGUCCACGUUACCGAUCUUUCGGGCAGAGAAACUAUCGCCCGUGUCACUGGAGGAAUGAAAGUCAAGGCUGAUCGUGAUGAAGCUUCCCCGUAUGCCGCUAUGUUGGCUGCCCAGGAUGUCGCUGAAAAAUGCAAAUCCCUUGGAAUCACAGCUCUCCACAUCAAGCUUAGGGCUACUGGUGGAAACAAGACAAAGACGCCAGGACCUGGUGCACAGUCGGCACUCCGUGCUCUUGCCCGUUCAAACAUGAAGAUUGGACGUAUUGAGGACGUUACGCCGAUUCCCUCUGACUCGACGCGCAGGAAGGGAGGUCGUCGUGGUCGCAGGCUUUAAAUUAUGCUUAUGGUACGAUGUGGUGUUUAUUAUAUAACUAUAAUAAACGUUUAAAAAAAUUUCUUUUAUUCAA